AUGGCCAUGUUUACCUGGGCUGCUAGCUAGCAGGCUAAGCUAGCGGAGGAGACGGAGCGGAGGAGAGCUGCACAGAGGAGGAGACACAACAGACCUCUCACUCUGUCUCCGUUUCCGAGGACCAAUCGUCUCAGGUGUUGGCUGUUGUUGGCUGUUGUUGGACGUUUGUUGGACGUUGUCAUGGAGCUGCUGCCGUCCCUGCUGUCCUCCCUGAGGACUGUGGACCCCGGCACUGUGGAUCAGGAGUACAACGCGGUGCGUUCACAGACCUUGAUGUUAAAGAGAGACCUGGGUUUGACCACUGAGGCCGGAGCUCUGAAGGAGAACAUCAAGAAGAACCGAUACAAAGACAUCCUGCCCUACGACCAGUCUCGGGUGGUGUUGUCUCUACUGACCACAGACAACGACAACGACUACAUUAACGCUAGCUUCAUCAAGGGGGCGUCAGCAGACAGAAGUUACAUCGCCUCUCAGGGUCCUCUGAGCUCCACUGUGACCGACUUCUGGAGGAUGAUCUGGCAGCACGACGUCAAGGUGAUCGUCAUGGCCUGUCGUGAGGUGGAGAUGGGAAAGAAGAAGUGUGAGUGUUACUGGUCUCCGGUCCACCAGUCUGCUGCGUUUGGACCAUUUACUGUCUACACACAGGCGGAGACUCGUCCUAAUGAAGACCUGGUGGUCCGAGCUCUGACAGUCAGCUACCAGCAGGUUACCCGUUCUCUGGUUCAGUAUCAGUUCCUGUCAUGGCCGGAUCACGACAUUCCCUACGAGGCUGCAGGAGUCCUGGACCUGCUGGAGAAAGCCAGAAACAGCCAGGGAACACAGACCUCGCCUCUGCUGAUACACUGCAGUGCGGGCUGUGGGAGGACCGGUGUCAUCUGUGCUAUCGACUACAUCCAUGACCUGCUGGUUACCAAGCAGCUCACAGGAGACUUCAGCAUCAUGAGCAUCGUGGUGGAGCUCCGGAGACAGAGACCGUCUGCGGUCCAGACCAAAGAUCAGUAUCAGUUCAUCUUCACGGCGGUCGCCUUCAUGUUGGAACAGGCCCUGCAGGCGUCCAGUCAGCCGCUCUACAGCAACCAGCCUGAGCUGACCAAGAAACCCACAAGAACACCUGCUUCCUCCACCAAGAGACAGUCACAGCAGACUGACAUGAGUGAUACAUACGCUGUGGUCAACAAGCCCAAACAGCCCCACCCACCACCAACAGGCCCCGCCUACACCACUGUGGCCACGCCCAGAACCAACAGUGGGAGCAGGACUCUGCCCGCGAGCCAUCACUAUGACAACGACUCUGCGGGAGCUCCGAUCUACAGCACCGUCAAACCCCGAGCCAGAUCUUCUGCCCCACCCAUCUAUGACAUAGCAGUACCGGCCAAUCAGAGGCAGGGGGAGGGGCCACUGGCACUAAGCAACAAUGGAGAAUAUCAACUUUUACCAGCUGAACGUCUCUCACAGACGGAUGAUGAUUAUGAAGAUUUCUCCACCUCAGUCUCAGACAUGACCAACCUCUGCUCACCUGGUGGGAUCGGGUUUAACUGUCGUAUUCAGAAGCCGAGAGGACCCAGAGAUCCUCCUGCUGAGUGGAGCCGACUGGAGAGAUGAGGCAGCUGAGGUGGUUCAGCUGGUUUGCUGUGGACUGCUGGACUGGUCUGGAUCCUGAUGAGAGCAUUAAUGUUCACUGUUAUCUUUAACUGCACUGACGUCAGCUGGACCAGGAGGCUGAACGUGAUCUGAUUUCUCUAGUUUUGUCUCCCGCUGUUUGAACUGAACCUUUAUUAUUCUGACGAAAACUGUAACAAACCGGUGAACAUAUUUAUGGACAGCAGGUGUUCCUGAUGAAAACAUCUGUCUGUGUUUAAGAACUGAUUGUUUUUGAUACUUCUUAAAAUAAUUUGACAUAUUUUUCGUGUAUAUGUGUGAAAGAAACUUAAAUAACAAUAAAUAACAGAUUGAAUGAGGAGCUGCA